UCUCAAACAAAAGAAUCACAGAAGCUCCUAACAGCAGAAGCAGAUAAGCAAAAGGAAAAAAGAAAACCCUAAAAUACUCUUCUCGAAGAUCGAGCUUGACGAGUUUCACCAUUAUAACUUAAUGAGGUGCUUUCAGGUUAAUAAAGAGUGACUAAGCUUCUAAGCCACAAGUACUUAAGUGUGAACCUCUCUUCCCAUAGUCCUUCUUGAGAGUGAUGGAUCGACAGGUUCACAACUAUGCAGCAGCUGCGGCGAUGGCCUUUGCUCAGCAACAACAGCAACAGGCCAACCUUCAACAGCAGCCGCCAUAUGGUUUCCAUCCGCAGCCCCAACAAUUUCCUCAGCAGGUACAUGGUCCUCCAUUCCUACCCCCUCACCCUUCUCUCCAGCAGUUCCCUUUCCCUCGCCAUUUGCAGCAGCAGCAACAACUCCACCCCCAUCUGCACCCUCACCACCCUCUUCUCCAUCUCCAACAGCAGCAACAACCGCCGCCUGCCUUUCCACCUCACUUACCCCCUCACCUGAUCCCAUCCCCUUUAUUAAACCCUUAUGAUUCUGCCCCUCCCCCAGCUGCACCCCCUUCAGAUCCUGAACUCCACAAACGUAUCGAUAAGCUAGUCGAAUAUUCUGCCAAGAAUGGCCCUGAAUUUGAAGCCAUGAUUCGCGAGAAGCAGCAAGAUAACCCUGAUUACAGCUUCCUCUUUGGUGCUGAAGGUCAUAAUUACUAUCGUUAUAAGCUUUGGUUGUCUACACGUCCUUCAAAUUCCCUCUUCAAUCCAUCCUUCCCAUCUUCCUCUAUGCCUAUGGUGCCUCCCACUCUUAACCCUAUGAUGAGCCCAUCAACCCUAAAUCCUCCUCCCUUGAGUGCCACGGGGGCUGGUGCCGGGGUUCCUGCUUCCAUGCUGAGUGGUCCCCAGAUGCACCAACCUCCAUUUCCACCCUAUUACGACCAGCAGCAACAGCAGCAUCCCCAGCCUUUCUUAGGUCAAGCUCGAGCUGAUUACGAACCUUCAAAGCCCUUCAAGGGCCUUUCUGGGCCUCUCCCAUCUGAUGUUGCAGCUGAGCUUAGCAGCGUGCUCAACAAUCUUACAGGCACCAAAGAGUCAAUAAAGGGUGCCAAGAUCUGGUUUAUGCAGAGGUCUCCUUUUGCACCAGCUCUAGCUGAGUCACUCAAAGAUAGAGUCCUCACUCUAGAUGAUUCUGAGAGACAGCUGCACAUUGUUUACCUUGCCAAUGACAUUCUUUUUGACAGCUUGCAGCGCCGAAUCAAUCCUCGCGAUCUUGAUAAUGAGGCUCUUGCCUUCAAACCUGUUCUGGGUCCCAUGUUUGCAAGGAUUUACCACAACCUACAUAACAAAGAUGCAAACCAGGCUCGGCUGCAGAAAAUCCUGCAGUUUUGGGCUUCGAAGGAAGUUUAUGAUCCUGAUACUAUCUACAGUCUUGAGGGCGAGAUGAUUGGUGGACCACCACCUUCUUCUCUUUCAGGCCUGCCAAAGGAGUCAUCUGCUGAUCCUUCAGGCGUUGCAGGACUACAAACAGCACCAGGUCUUGCGCAAUGGCAUGCAGAUAAUCAAAGGAGCUCCACUCCAGGUUUACUAGAUCAAGAUCCACAAGAUAAACUACCUGCUCCAGCUACCACCUUGUCAUCUGCUUCACAGUUUGUACCGUCUAUGGCCCAGCAAUUUCUACCAAACCCGCCAUCAUCUGGCAUUUACCCAUCAGCCACUCCAGCCCCUUUUGGAGCUCCCUUGCCUACUGCUGCCCAAGCAGCAACCCAACAAACUGUGUCCCAUUUGCUGCCGACCUCAACUGUCAAUAUUGGAGAGCAACCACCUCCGUACCCACUCUUUCCUCCAGGCCUUAUCCCUGGCAUGGUCCGAAAGAUGCAGAUCGGUAGUGGGGUACCCUAUUCACCAAUGAGCCCACUCGACAUCCCCACCGUAAUCCCGCCUUCUACUGUCUCUCCAUCCGACAUCCUAGAGAGAGUCUCAAAGUUCUUCAAAGAGAUUGGAGAGGUUAACCCAUCUGAAGGACCAAUGAAAACAGCAGAUUCGAAUGAUGAGGAUGAUGACUAUGAAAGGGAGCCCCCUGUUCGGAAGGGUGGGGCUUGCAUUCCUCCACCUCCAAACCUACAGGUUGACCCUGAGACAGGAACUUUUGCUGAUGGGAGUGUUGAGCGGAAACCAGGAUCAAGUGGCUCAGGGAGAUUGGGGCUUGGGGCCACAGCUAAUCCUAAUGAGGUGAGUCAGUAUGAUGAUGUUUAUACUUCUUAUAGGAAGCAACGGAGCACCAGCUAUCAUUCAUCCAUGAGUGCGAGGGCUUCAGCCCGGUAGUGAAUGCUCAAACAUGAUGAUAUUUUUUGUUGCAUCUUGGGAUUUAUAAAUUUCAUAAUGGAUUUGAAUGUAGUCGAAUGAAUGACAGUGGCUGUUUUGGAUUC